AUGCGUACUAUCAACAAAAGAAAAUUAUUUGGGCACACGUGUUUCGUACACGCAGUAAAAGUAUUCACUUCAAUGGAAAACCAUGACACUGAAAGACUGGUGGAAAGAAGAAAUGGACAAUCUCGUCCAGUGGAAUUAGCAACGAUCGAACUCAGUGAUGUGAAAAUCAUAGUUGAUAAUGUCGAUGACCCAUCGGACAAUUCUCUAGAGAAAAAUCAUCGAUUAGUUGAAACGAAAAGUGGAGAUCCAAUUUCAAUGACUACAAAUAUCAUCAACGGUCUUAAGUUAGAAUUAAGUCCCGUUGUCGGAUACGCCACAGAACCUUUAUUACCACUUUCGAAAGCAUGUGCUCCACUGGAUUCAAUCGUCUACAAUUUAUCGCAUCAUAUCAAAGUAGCAUUGGAUCAAACACCUGAAGAGCCGCCGAAUGGAUUAACCAUCGAUGAAAGUGCCGCUAUUCGUCUGUAUACGAUGGAAGGUGAAAUGCCAUACCCGAGUCUCUAUUGGAUGCUUAAUCAAGCUCUUAUGGAGAAUAAUCGCGAGAAGCUGCGCCCCUAUUUCAAAUACCUCAAAUUAUUGUUGACUGCUCUUGUUAAAUUGCCAUGCAAUCCACAACGGACCGUUUGGAGAGGAGUAACGAAAAAUUUAAGUGCAGACUAUCCUGUCGGUACUAAAAUAACAUGGUGGGCAUUCUCAUCAUGUACGAAUGAAAUGAGUGUACUUACCAAUGACAUUUAUUUGGGUAGUAAUGGAAAGAGAACGUUGUUCUCUGUAGAAGCAAUUAAUAGUCGAUCGAUUACUGCUCAUUCGAGUUUCCCCAAUGAAGAUGAAAUUAUCCUUCUGCCUGGAACACAUAUGGUUGUUCAAUCACAAUUGAGCCCGGCAAUCGAUCUUCAUAUUAUUCAUUUGAAACAGAUCUUACCUGACACAGUUCUGUUGGAACCACCAUUUAAAGACGCUCAUGUUUAUCCCAUAGUAAAACGUGAAUGGUAUCGGAAGAAGAGAUUUGCUAUUCCAAUCUUCCUAGCAGUUAUUGUUACUAUCAUGGUAGUAAUUCUUGGCUCUGUUUUAGGAACAAGAUCUAACUUCAAACCAACAGUGUAUGUAUGUGAUGCACCAUUCAAUGUUCCAUUUGCAACACCGGAUACUUAUAAAAUUGGGCAAAGUCCAGUUUCAGCCACCCUAGAUCACUUUAUGAACGGGCAAAACUUAGACAUGAUGAUCGUUCAACAACAAGCUAACGACGUUACGAUGUUAGUUAGUAACGGUGGUGGAACUUUUCACAUUCCGAUCUAUCCAGUCGGCAGGAGUCCAUACUAUGUUAUAACAGCUGAUUUUAACCGCGAUAAAAUACUUGAUCUGGCAGUGACAAACUCGGGUGACGGCACUGUCAGUGUUCUGCUUGGAAACGCAAACGGCACCUUCCAGAGUCAGAAAAAUUAUCGAGUCGGCAGUCUUCCAAUGUCGAUGGUAUCAGCUGAUUUCGAUAACGACAUGAAAUUAGACCUGGCAGUCAUCAAUUCUGGCGACAACACUGUUAGUGUACUACUGGGUAAUGGAUACGGAACAUUUCCAAUUCAGACGAAGUAUCCAGCCGGCAGAUUACCAUACUCUGUGAUAUCGGGUGAUUUUAAUAAGGAUAAAAAACUUGAUCUAGCAAUAGCUAACUCGGCUGAUGGUACCGUUAGCGUGCUGCUGGGCAACGGAUAUGGAAGCUUCGAAAUGAAGGGUAAUUAUACAGUUGGUCGAAAUCCAUACUCUGUCAUAUCGAACGACUUUAAUAAUGAUCGAAAUUUGGAUUUAGCAGUGGUCAGUUUUGGAGAUAAUACCGUCUGUAUUCUGCUGGGAAAUGGAGACUCAACCUUUCAAACUCCAAUCAAUUAUACAGUGGGAAGUUUGCCACAAUCGUUGAUAUCGGCGGAUUUUAACAAUGAUACGAAGCUUGACCUAGCAGUAGCAAACUCUGGCGAUAACACCGUUAGUGUGUUGUUGGGUAAUGCAGAUGGAACCUUUCAGAAGCAAGACAUUUACACGUUUGGCGUUUAUCCGUAUUCCGUCAUAGCAGCUGACUUCAACGAUGAUAAUAAACUUGAUCUCGCAGCGGCCAGCUUUGGGGACAAUACAAUCAUUUUGCUCCUCGGCAAUGGAAAUGGAACAUUCCAGGAACAAAAUAAAUAUACAGUGGGCAAAAGUCCCUAUUCUGUUAUAUCGGGUGAUUUUAAUAACGAUAAAAAACUGGAUGUAGCGGUAACCAAUUCUGGUGAAGAUACGGUGAGUGUGCUUCUUGGUAACGGACACGGAAGUUUCGAGACUCAGAAACAUUAUUCGGUUGGAAAUUUGCCACAAUCAGUGAUAUCAGCAGAUUUCAACAAUGAUAAAAGCAUUGAUGUCGUAGUAACGAACUAUGGCGACAACACUGUGAGUAUCUUGCUUGGCAAUGGAAAUCGAACUUUUCAUGCUCAAGAUAUUUAUAAAGUUGGCACGAGCCCAUAUGCUGUCGUAUCACGCGAUUUUAAUCGUGACAGUAUACUUGAUCUAGCAGUAACCAAUUCAGGUGAUGGCACCGUUAGUAUCUUGUUGGGAAACGAAAAUGGAACAUUUCGGAUUCUGAAUAAUUAUACUGUUGGUAGAAGUCCAUAUUCCAUCGUAUCAGGUGACUUUAAUUAUGAUGGGCGACUGGAUUUAGCAGUAGCCAACUAUCAGGACAACGCCGUCAGUGUUUUGCUGGGUUAUGCAAAUGGGACCUUCGGGUUACCGACGAACUACACAGUUGGCAGUCUACCAUAUUCUAUAAUAACAGCUGAUUUUAACAAUGACAACAGACUGGAUUUGGCAGUAGCUAAUUAUGGAGAUAAUACAGUGAGUGUUUUGUUGGGCAAUGCAGAUGGAGUCUUCCAGGCUCACAACAAUUACACAGUUGGAAGCUUGCCACAGUCGUUAAUAUCGGUUGAUUUUAACAAUGAUACAAAACUCGAUCUAGCCGUCGCUAACUCGGGCGAUAACACCGUUAGUGUGCUGUUGGGUAAUGCGGACGGAACAUUUCAGGCUCAAGUCAAGGGUACGACUGGUACGGCGCCAAUCUGUGUGCUCUCUGGCGAUCUCAAUGGUGAUCAGAAACUUGAUCUGAUCGUUGUCAAUGUCGUAUCUGCUGAUGUAUCGAUUUUUUUGAACAGAUGCAAAUAG